AUGCUUCUUCAUUCACGAAGGGCCGAGGAUUUUGCCCUAACAGGGUCGUUCGUUGUCAGGCCUAGUGUUGCCAAUGCGAUAGCGUUAACAAGUCAGCCAGGAACUGAAGCGGCCUGUGGUCUCACUGCUUUGCCGCAGGGCAAGAGUUGGCACGGCUGGAAAACAUGUCAGGCCAAUGCCAUGCCAACUAUUUAUGAAGUGAGUCGCAGAGGUGCGGGGGGUCCCGGGGUUAGCCAAUAG